AGCUCCCGCUCCGCUCAGCUCCGCUCAGCUGGGGACAUGCAAGCCACACUGAUCAGCAUCCUGGGGCUGGCCCUGCUUGGGGCUCUGCACGCGCAGAACAGCAUUCCUGUGCAAGCUGACUUCCAGCAGGACAAGCUCGCAGGGAGAUGGUACAGCAUCGGCCUGGCCUCCAACUCCAACUGGUUCAAGGACAAGAAGCACCUGAUGAAGAUGUGUACCACAGACAUCGCUGUCACUGCAGAUGGCAACAUGGAGGUCACCUCCACCUACCCCAAGGGUGAUCAGUGUGAGAAGAGGAACAGUCUCUAUAUCCGGACGGAGCAGCCCGGGCGGUUCAGCUACACCAGCCCACGCUGGGGCAGCAAACAUGACAUCCGUGUGGUGGAGACCAACUAUGAUGAGUACGCCCUGGUGGCCACCCAGAUCUCCAAGAGCACCGGCUCCUCCAACAUGGUGCUGCUCUACAGCCGCACCAAGGAACUUGCACCCCAGCGCCUGGAGAGGUUCAUGCAGUUCUCCCAGGAGCAAGGCCUGAAAGAUGAGGAGAUCCUCAUCCUGCCCCAGACCGACAAGUGCAUGGCAGAUGCUGCCUAGGCUGCUGCUGGAUGGAGCUCCAGGGGCACCACGAGCCGACAGCCAUCCCAUCCCAUCCCGACCCAGUGCCACAUCCACCUUUACUUCCUGGCUUUGCACCCUGCAUAUCUACCCCAUCCUUAUUCAAGCCCAUAUAAACCACUGUUUCCCUG